AUGGCAUCGACGUUAACUGACCAAAAACGCCCUCAAUUGCAGCCCGUCUGCCAGAAUUGCGGGACCUCCACCACUCCUUUAUGGCGUAGGGAUGAACUCGGCUCCGUCCUCUGCAAUGCAUGCGGUCUUUUCCUUAAGCUUCACGGUCGUCCACGACCGAUCAGUCUCAAGACUGAUGUUAUUAAGAGUCGCAACCGGGUCAAAACUGCUGGACAGGGCCCGAAGCGCAAGUCUGGCGCAGGACUAGACGCAAAUGGCUUGUCAGCGUCGAGAUCAGAGGCCGGAACGCCUCCCCUUGGGUCACACGGAUACCGUCGCGCCUCUCGCAAGAUGUCUCCCGGCCAUUCUGAUCGCUCAAAUUCGCCAAUAUCUCGGACAAACACACCUGGAAUCACAUCGUUGCACCAGCAUAACUCGAAUAUUGCACCUCAGCACAUGUUCGACAGUGUUACUAUUGGCGAUCAUAGCUUCAAUCCUGCCAACACUCUUCCGGCAUUGCAGCUUCGUCAACCGUCUCCAGGCUCUACAUCAUCCGUAGUAGAUCGACAUCUCGAAGCUCCUCAGACCUAUGAGGCCUUGCUAGCUUCCAACACAUCUUUGAAAACUCGUGUUAACGAGCUUGAGUUGAUCAAUGGGCUCUUCCGUGGACGCGUCGCCGAGCUGGAGCAGAGCGAUGCGACUGCCCGUCGCUCUGAAAUGAUUGUACGUGACUCAGAGGCACGACUUCGCCGAUCUUUAGACGAAGCCCAACGCCGCGAAGAAGAACUCAAACGUCGUGUCAGCGAACUUGAACUGCAAGUAGAACGUUCUGGGAACGGCUCUGGUGAACCUGCAUCGAAAAAGAUUCGCCUAUCAGACGUGGUUGAUUACGAAGCAGGGAACUCUUCAAAGUCCCCUAGCACGUCGUGA